AUGGAACAGCACGUGAUCAUGAUACUUGGAGGGAUGCACUUCUUAAAGUGUAUUCGAGUUGAAGCACAACAUCACAUCAGCACAUCAACACAACGUCACAUCAGAACACCAACACAACAUCACAUCAGAACACCAACACAACAUAACAUCAGAACACCAACACAACAUAACAUCAGCACACCAACACAACAUCACAUCAGCACACCAACACAACAUCACACAAAUAGAAUUUCUCCAAAAACAAACGCCGACAAAAAGUCUCAAGACAGUUUUUCUAGAACAAAUUCCCCAAUACACACACUCGCGUACGAAAAUCUUGCUGACAGGUCUGGUUCUACUAUAUUUCAACUUCUGCCACUUAACAUGGCUGAAGAUUUUAUGGACAUAACCAGGGUAGUGCAGAUUGUUUCAUUUUCUGUUGAAGAUGUUGAUGAUGUCUUAUAG